AUUAUGUAUGACUCACGUACCACGCCACAUAGCUGCUUACCUCAUCAAGAAGGUCUUAAUUAAGAAAUAAUUACUAAUCAACAAAUAAAGUGCUAUGGCAGAAAAGCAAUUUUGGUGUAACAAUCAGGUGAAUAUUCGCUACACUUGCCUAUAAAUACAGCUACAGAAUCUAAUUUUACAGAGUAAAAAUAAAAAAAAUACUACAACUUAAUUUGGGUAAUUGACCUUCAGGUUGAAAGAGAAAGGGAUUUAGAUACUUCAAUUUAUUAUGUUUUUGACAUGAUCUCUUGGCUUAGCAGAAAGGCACCAUCAUAUAAUUGAUCCCAUUAAAAUCAAAGCUUCUUUGCAGAAUUUUCUACUGGAAGUCGGAUCAAAAAUUAAUUGAGGCUUGGCUGCAAGAUUGAGACUUAAGCAGGAAAUGCAGAAUUCCAAAAAACUUGAAGGGAUAUAUUGUACGUUUGAAUCUUCCUUCUUAACUGGUGCAGAUAAUCUAUAUAGAUCACCAUCAACCGGGAGCUUAUCUGGUAACGGGAGUAGUGCUGUUUCAGUGCUUGAUCCGGAAUCCUCUAUUGACUCGCAGGAAAUUGUGAACCUAUCUCCUACAAAUGAUCUGUAUUCAACACACGACACUGACAAUCUAAGAUGCCGGCUCAGGGAGCUCGAGACUGCCAUGAUGGAGCCAAUGUCACACAACUCUGACACUGAGAAUUGGCAGCAGUUGGUUGAGAUGAUAUCAAGAGGGGAACUCAAGGAGGCGCUGAUCGCAUGUGCAAAAGCUAUAUCGAAUGACGACUUUUUGACUGCUGAAUGGUUGAUUUCUGAGCUACAGAAUAUGGUUUCGGUUUCUGGUGAGCCAAUUCAGAGAUUGGGUGCAUACAUGUUAGAAGGCUUAAUCGCUCGAUUAUCGUCUUCUGGUAUUUCCAUUUACAGAGCUCUAAAGUGUAACGAACCUACUAGUGGUGAGCUCCUCUCUUAUAUGCAGUUGCUCUAUGAAGUCUGUCCGUAUUUUAAGUUUGGGUAUAUGUCAGCAAAUGGGGCGAUUGCCAAUGCCCUGAAAAACGAGGACAAAAUCCAUAUAAUCGAUUUUCAGAUUGCUCAAGGGAGUCAGUGGGUUAGCUUAAUCCAAGCUUUGGCUGCUCGACCUGGUGGGCCACCACAGGUUCGUAUAACAGGUCUUGACGAUACAGCAUCUGCGUUUGCUCGUGGAGGAGGACUCGACAUUGUAAGGGAAAGACUGUCUAACCUUGCCAAGGCUUGUAAUUUACCAUUUCAGUUUCAUGCUGCAAAACUUACUUUUGGAGCUGAGGUAAUUCAAAACCUUGAAUUGCGACCUGACGAAGCCUUGGCUGUCAAUUUUCCUUUCUUGCUGCACCACAUACCCGAUGAGAGUGUUGGGCCCGAGAAUCACCGAGACAGCUUGUUGAGGCUUGUCAAGAGCUGGUCACCCAAGGUAGUCACCCUCAUUGAGUAUGACAUGAACACAAAUACAUCCCCUUUUUAUCCUCGGUUUCUCGAAACCCUCAGUUUUUAUUCUGCCAUUUUCGAGUCAAUCAACGUUACCCUCCCGAAGGAACACAAGGAGCGGAUCAACAUUGAGCAGCAUUGUUUAGCUAGAGAGAUCGUUAACAUUGUAGCAUGUGAAGGUGCCGAGAGAGUUGAACGUCACGAGCUACAUGGGAAGUGGCGAUCCCGAUUUCAAAUGGCUGGUUUUAUGCCACAUCCUCUAAGCUCACUAGUGAAUGCUACCAUCAGGACUUUAUUGCAGAAGUACAGCACUAGCUAUAGACUUGAAGAGAGAGAUGGAGCUCUGUAUCUCGGAUGGAUGAACCGAGUAUUGGUUACAUCUUGCGCCUGGCAAUGAGGUUUGACUUAGUAUUUGUUCAUAUAACAUAAUAGAAGUAAUUUAAUUCAUGUUUAUCUUCAAAAUUUGUUUGGUUUUGUAAUUAAAAAAAGUAUGACAUGCUAGAUAUAAAUUGUAUUAAUUCUUUUAGAAUGUAUCUGUAUGGUUAUGAACUCGACUUAUUGCAAGAGUGUAUAUAAGAGCUUCAGAAGGAAUCUAAAAUCA